AUGCUCACUGACACUGGGGUAGCCAUCUACACAAUCACACUCCAUUUCUUCUGCGUGUGCGUCUACGUGGUGGUGAUCAAGACGCUGUGGAGACGACGAUGUCAAGAUGCGUUAGCACAUACUUGUUAUAUCUCAAUGACACAUACGUUGCUCCUGAUCCUCGAGACAACCCUCGUGCUCGGUCAAGUUUCCUUCACUCUUCCGUAUAUCGGUCUAUCCUUCAACGGCCUAUAUGCUUAUUUGGGCAUACCACCAAUAUAUAUUCUGGCGGUACCAAUAUGGGUCACGGCUGGCGGUGCCUUCAUUACCUAUUUCCAAAUUUGCCUCUAUGAAAUCUGGGGCCUGGCGCCUUUGGCAGAUUAUUAUGACGACCUAAACCAUCUACUCACCCCACUCUGUCUCGGCAAUUCGAUCCUGGUUGCGGUGAACACGAUCUACACCGCACAUCGAGAGCGUAUACACCGCUUCUUUGGUCGUACCACUCAAUUCGAGAGGCGACGUCUUUUCCAGUCGAUUGAACUUGUUGCCGACGCGUCACAAGGAUUUUCGGUUGAGCAGAUGCAUGACGGGGACCGAAGGCGAUCGAUUGUCGAGCCCUUGAAUUCAUGU